AUGGCUACAGCAUUCGAACCUUCAUUUUCUGCCAGCGGUAGCCGGCCAACUAUGGGCCCCGUCGGGCCAUCGGUCGCCGACUCUCUCCCAAGCAUCAAUUUCGGAUUCGACGAUUUGCGGGAUCGCAUGGCCAAAUUCACCGCCAAGUUCGACGAAUUCAUCGAACAAGGUCGAAAAAGAGUGUUGGAGGAACGCAACAAAUUCCGCAUCAAUGCCAAAACAUCAUCCUACCAACAAACUCUCGAAAAGGAGGACGCCGAAACGCGAGAAAUGGAAGCCGCCAUUGCCUCGCUCUCCGCCCAGCGCGACGCCCACCUCGCUACUCGAGACAGCCUCAAAAAACAAAUCGCCCAGACGCAAGCAGAGAUAGAAUCGCGGCUUGCGGCGCAGCGAGCGCACGCAGCGCAGCAAGAAGCGCAGCAGAGGUUCAACGUGCCGGAGCUAGAUUUUUGGAUAACGAACUUGUGCUUGCGGAUCGAGGGCGCGGGGCAGGCUGACCGGUUGAAGUUUGUUUAUACGCACAUCGAUGAGAAGAACUGGGAGAGAGAGGCGUGGUUUGAGCUGGUGACGAGCUCGAGAGAUUACGACGUCAAGCACUGUCGACCGAAAUUGGAGAGGGACGACGUGGAGAGGGUGCUGGAGAAGGUGAAUGAGAGUAGAGAGUUGGUGGUGUUGUUGAAGGGGAUGAGGGAGCUGUUUGUGGAGGCUAUGAAGUCAUAG